CCUUCUUCCCCUCACUGACAAGAUGGCGGCGGCUUCCCCGAGCGCUGCACAGUCAUGAGCUGAAGUUACAUUUCGGCGGCUGAUUCCCGUCGGGUUUCUCGAUAUUCGCAUCGUGACGUGUCUCUCUGUAAUGGCGGACAUGAGAUUUUACCGUUCGGUGAGGGGGGUCACGUGUAUGAGCGACACAGUUCUGGAUCGAGAACGUGUGUGCUUGCGGUGAAGGGAGAAUCAUUACACGAGCGGCGAUGUGUUGGGGGCAGGGCGGGAAACGGAGAGAAAAUGGCGGCCGUAACGUGAGAUAGAACAUUCUACACGAGGAAGAAUGUUAUGGAUUGUUUGUAAGUUAACAAAGGAAAGAAAUCAGGGCUUAUAAAAACAAAGACCAUCCGUACCAAAAUUCUGUCUGGCCGCAGCAUCAUCUUUGUCCUAGCUAAAGUACAGGCUGGGACAAAGUCCAGGAAGUGAGGACGGGACUAGCACUCCUCUGUACUCACUUCUGUCCCAUCAGACUGCAACAUGAAAACAGAGAAGAGGGGGUUACAGAGCAGCCUGUAGUGAUUGGAUGAAGAGACCCAGCAGACUCAGGAAGGAAGUGAAUGCAUGGUGAGUGAGGGCGGGCUCAGUGCUUAUCUCGGACAUGCCCCUUCCUGAGCAGUGGAUGUCAGACUGAGGGAGCAGCAGAACAGAGGGACUUGUGAGCCAAAUACAGAAGCUAGACACAUGUAAAGAAUCUGCAUGACCUAAUUUUCAGAACCCAAAUAUUCUACAGCUACAUCCACAAUUGGAGAUUCCUAGGUGGAAAAAUCUAGGAUGCAAAUUUAAAGUCUUUGACAUCUUGUAAACCAAAGGGAGGCAAGCACCAGAGGAAAAUGCUGCCAGACAACGGACAUAUGUGAAGGAGACUGUAGAAGCUGAUCAGAAGAUUCUCUGAUGUCCAUUGAAGAUCAAGAAUAGUAGAGCCAUAUAUGGAUUGUUCAUGAGAGCUCCCGAUGACUUGAAAGAGCUUUGUCAUCUGUGGUGGCUUUGGGAGCAAAUAUAAUCUGCAACAAGAUUCCAGGGUUGGCGCCUCGGCAAAGAGCCAUCUGCGAGAGCCGCCCGGAUGCCAUUAUAGUUAUUGGAGAAGGGGCACAGAUGGGGAUCAAUGAAUGUCAAUAUCAGUUCCGCUAUUCCAGAUGGAAUUGCUCAGCACUUGGAGAGAGGACCGUCUUUGGACAAGAGCUACGAGUAGGUAGCAGGGAAGCCGCCUUUACCUACGCCAUCACUGCCGCUGGGGUAGCCCAUGCUGUGACCUCCGCCUGCAGCCAAGGAAAUUUCAGCAACUGUGGCUGUGACCGAGAGAAGCAGGGAUACUACAACCAGGAGGAGGGCUGGAAGUGGGGAGGAUGCUCGGCCGACAUUAAGUAUGGCAUUGAAUUCUCAAGGAAGUUUGUGGAUGCCAGAGAAAUAAGAAAAAAUGCCCGGCGGCUCAUGAACCUUCACAAUAAUGAGGCUGGAAGAAAGGCAUUAGAAGAACAGAUGAAGCUGGAAUGUAAAUGCCAUGGGGUCUCGGGAUCCUGUACCACUAAAACUUGUUGGAACACUUUGCCGAAAUUCCGGGAUAUUGGAUUUAUUUUAAAAGAGAAGUACAAUAGUGCCGUACACGUGGAAGUGGUGAGGGCCCACCGGCUACGCCAGCCCACUUUCCUUACCAUCAAAAAAGUCAAAAAUUACCAGAAACCCAUGGAUACAGAUCUGGUGUACAUUGAGCGUUCUCCAAACUACUGUGAGGAAGACAGCACCACGGGGAGCGUGGGGACUCAGGGCCGGCUCUGUAACCGCACCUCCCCUCAUGUGGACGGUUGUGACCUCAUGUGUUGCGGUCGUGGAUACAACACCCACCAGUACACCAAAGUAUGGCAGUGCAACUGUAAAUUUCACUGGUGCUGUUUUGUCAAAUGCAACACAUGCAGCGAAAGGACAGAAGUUUUUACCUGCAAGUAGAGCACGGCGGUGCCUAUCAACCCACGUUACAGGACCACUAUGGCGCCAUUUUGCACACUUAAUUUUCUUUGUUAAGAAAAUUAAACCCUUUUGUUACAGGCAGGGAGGAAAUGCUUCGUUCAUUGCUGAUAUUCCUAGUCUACCGGGAGCAUUGCACCUUUUCACGCUGGAGGAGGGGUUUUUGUAGAUAUUUUUUUAAAUUAUACAUUUUACAGAAAAGUCUAAAGAAAAUGAGAGAGAGAGAGAGGCCACAACAUUAUAUAUAUAUGGGACUGUAGGACUGAUGAGAAGGGACCAAACGGAAUAAACUAUAAUACAAAUCUCAACUAUUAGCUAAAUGUGUUCAAUUUGUAUCUCCUGCCAGUCACACUGGAAUUAUUCUAAUGAACAUAAAAUUUUAUAAUUAUUAAUUUAUGUUUUUAAUAGUAUGAACAAAUUCUGAGCACUAACGGGUAGCUGUGUCUUAAUUCCCUACUAAAUGUUAAACUUAUAGUUGUCUGGUCUUACAAUGAAUUUUGCAUAUGUUUUUUUUUUCUAUUUUUUGCUACUGAGGGGUCCUACAUUUUUUAUUUUCAUUUUAUUUUUUUUUGGGGGGGGGGGGAUUUUUUGUUGUUAUUUUUUAUUUUUUUUUGCAAUUGCAUUACAGAGCAGAGUACUAAAUUGUAUCAGCCCUGCUGGAUAACUGCAAAAAGCACAAAGUGUUGAACGAUUAGUUAUAGAUUAGGUUUGACGAUACCCAUAUCCCUCGCCAUUACUCAUUCGUCUGUCCAAGUGAGACCUCAGUUGUUGCAGGACUUUAAGCACACCAUGAAUGGUAUAUUAAACCAACUACCUACGUACUGUAUGAUGUUCGGUAUUUGUUCAAUAAAUGUUUAUUUUCUAGACAUUUGGAUUCUAAGGCUGAAUCUUGCCAUUUUAUUAUUAUUUUUUUUUAAUUAUUAUUAUUUAUUCAUUUUUUACUUUUGUUUCAUUUAAGGAAAGAACACAAUUUUUCAUAAAGAGCAGAUAUUUGUACAAAAAAACUAAACAAACACAGGCAACAGUUAUUGUAGCUGCCCCCGUCUAAAUAAAACUGCUGGUAUAAAAAAAAAGUAGUGUACCAUCUAAACCAUGUUAAAUACAGUACAGUACAGAUAUGUUACAGAUAGUACAAUACACAUAGUAGAGAUGUGUUUGUGAGGGUUUGGAUAUCUGUUUUGUGCUUCUCUAGCCACAGUUUAAGUUAGUCCUAGCUCCUCAUGGGUGUGGCCACAUUCUUCCACAUUUUCCAGGCAUGUUUGUUAAACUGGCCUCUUUAUACAUUAAAGGGGUACUCCACUGGCCAGUGUUUGGAACAUUAAGCUCCGAACGCUGUGUGCACGCUGCGGGGGCCGGCCACACCCCCUCAUUCCAAGUCCAUGGGAGGGGGCGUGGCAGCUGUCGCCUCCCAUACACUUGCAUUGAGGGGCAUGGCCUGACAUCACGAAGGGUGUGGACGACCAAUGCAGCGUGCACGCAGCGUUCGGAACAAGGUCAGUGGAAUACCCCUUUAAACUAUUGUACAUAGUUUUUUUUUUUUUAUGAAAAGCUCUUAGAUUCAGAAGGGCUGAGAUGGUAAAACAUAAAAAAAAAAAAGUAUGGCUAGUGA